ACUCUGAGCUGCCGGAUGAAAGUCCACCUCCCCCUCCUCUCAGCUCCAGACAUGAGCGGCCGAGUCGGAGACCUGAGCCCCAAACAGGCGGAAAUCUUAGCCGAGUUUCGGGGGAGGAUCCAGGACGUCCUCCCCAGUUUGCCGGCUCAGCACGACCACUACCUCCUCCGCUGGCUUCGAGCUCGUAGCUUCAAUGUUCAGAAAGCUGAGGUCAUGAUCAGAAAGCAUGUGGAGUUCAGGAAGCAGAUGAAAGUAGAUUCAAUCAUCUCUGACUGGAAACCUCCAGAGGUGAUUGAGAAGUACGUCUCUGGAGGGAUGUGCGGUUACGACCGAGAGGGAAGUCCGAUCUGGUACGACGUGAUUGGUCCUCUGGAUCCUAAAGGUCUCCUGCUCUCCGCCUCCAAACAGGACUUCAUGAAAACCAAGAUCAGACACACGGAGACACUGCACCGGGAAUGUAGGAGGCAGACGGAGAAGUUGGGGAAGAACAUUGAAGCCAUCACUCUGAUCUACGACUGUGAAGGACUCGGACUGAAGCACAUCUGGAAACCUGCUAUUGAGACCUAUGGAGAGAUCCUGACCAUGUUUGAGGAGAACUAUCCUGAGGGGCUGAAGAGAGUUUUCCUCAUCAAAGCUCCUAAGAUGUUUCCCAUGGCGUACAACCUCAUCAAACACUUCCUGUGUGAGGAGACGCGGCGCAAGAUCAUGGUCUUAGGAGGUAACUGGCAGGAGGUUCUGCGUCAGCACAUCGAUCCGGAGCAGCUCCCUGUGGUGUACGGAGGAACCCUGACGGACCCUGAUGGAGACCCUCGCUGCAGAACCAUGAUAAAGUACGGUGGCACGGUCCCCAAGUCGUACUAUGUUCAGGACUCAGUGAAGGUUCAGUACGACCAAAGCGUGACCAUCAGUCGCGGCUCGAAUUUCCAGCUGGAGUACGACGUUCCUGAAGCUAACAGCGUCCUGAGGUGGCAGUUUGCCAGUGAUGGCGCUGACAUCGGGUUUGGGGUGUACCGGCGAACCAAAGAGGGCACCGUUCAGAAGGUGAACGAGAUGCUACCAGUUCUUCCCAGCGAACGCUACAACGCUCACCUGGUCCCCGAGGAUGGAGGCCUCACCUGCUCUGAGCCGGGAGUCUACGUUGUGUGUUUUGAUAACAGCUACAGCAUCCUUCAGUCCAAGAAGGUGAGCUACAACGUGGAGGUGGUUCCUCCCGGGGACGGACCGAGUCCACUGAGCCGAGGCGACAGGAGGCUGCAGUGAGGACGUCCACGCCUGGAAACAUGUCAGUAAAAACAUCACGCUGAAAAUAAAUUCGCUUUUUGUCCGCUUCCAUGGAGCUGUCCCGACGUCCAUCUUUUUUAAACAGUCUUUAGGAGAUUAAUUUAAAUGAAUCUCAUAUCAAAUCUGUGUCACAAUUUAAAAAGAUGCUCAGAAUUAUUUCUAAUGUGAAGUUAAAACAAAUAUCAAUGAUGAUGAUGUGAAUACAAUUUUUGGAUUUAUCUUUAAUUUAUAUAAAAGAAACUCUACUUUUAGUUUGUAUGUUAAUGUUACUUGUAAUAAAAACAGAAAUUCUUCAUCCAUAGAACA